CGCCUCUCCUCCCCAUCCUCGUCGUCGUCGUCUUGCUCUCCAUCCAUCGCCCUCUGCUCUCCGCUCUCUGCUCCCCUCCCGUCUGUCUCGGGCCGCAUCGCAUCGCCCUUGGCCUGUAGACGGUUGCCUCCCUUUUCCUCGCUGUCGCCCGCCACUCCCUCGGCCUCUCGAUCCGUCAAGCCACCCGUGGACACCCCAUCGUCUGCUCGUCCGACCUCUGCUCGCUGAAUCUUGGCUUGAAUCAGCCAUCUUGCAUUCUUGCUCUCUCGCCACUCAAUCACGCGUCGUCGCCAUCAUCCCCAGCCUCACUGUAGCCCCAAGUCUCUCGCCUCGCUUCGAUCCAUCCCCCCACCACACACAACCUCAACUUCUUGCGGGCGGCUCCGGAAUCCUCCCCAAGCUCCACUCGCGUCUCGCUUGAUCGUUCGCUUCUUGCCUCUUCAUCCCACUCUCUCUCUCUCUCUCUCUCUUUCUCGCUGCCCCCACCAUGUCCUACUUCACAAUGGUCGGCUCAGAGUUCGACCUCCCUCAUCCCACUCUCUCUCGACAUCCCCCUCGCUUCUACAUCCCAGAUCGCUCAGAGUACUCGCCAGGCCCAGCAACAUCAGUCUUUGGCCGAGAGCCAUUCUCCAUGCACUCGCGCAUGCCCUCCAUCUCCACCACCCCAUACUCGGGCCACUCGACACCCUACCACGCCGAGUCCUUCUACGGCUCUGGCUCGCGAUCCUCCAUCGCCGCACUCCGCCACGCCCUCCACACCUAUCACCGUCACGCGCAGGGCGGUCCCCUCACGCCCCAGCAGCAGAUUUCUCGAUCAGGUCAUUCUCGCGCACCCGGAGGACAUCGCGCCGUCGGAGGAAGCGCGGGCCUCGUUGGCGGCGGUGGUGGCGGCGACUCGAGCCCAGGAGAACCGGCUGAACUGGGUGACCCAACCGCAUCGCUCUCAGCCGACCUCUGGGGUCGUGUCGGUAAUGAGCCGCUCGAUGCACUCGUCGACAUCCACAGGGUGCUGUAUCGUGGUGGAGAAGAUCCAGCAGACCACAGCGCUCCUCCAUGGGCCGAGCAGGGGCGGGAAGUCAAGCGCGUAAUGGAGCAGUGGUUCGAGGGCGACUGCGUUUAUGACCAUCCGCUCGUCCGGCUUUCUUCGCGCCAGUCCGUGCUCACUCACUUUGCACUCCUCCAGCUCCUCUCCACCGCCUACCUCCCCUCUUUCACCCCAUCCUCCCUCCUGCUCCACGCACGGUCUCUCACUUCAAGAGUGCGCUCAGCUCUCCUCGGCGUCGACUACCUGACCUCUCCAUCUGUCACUGCGCGUGACAAGCGCGCCGUUACUGACCCAAUCGACGAGUGGUUGGCGUCGGCGGGCCAGCAUCAUGGUUCCGUGAUGAACCGCAACAAUGCCGAUGACGGGUGGUGGAAGCUCUGGGAUGUGUCCGCCGAGUGCCGCGACAUCGGUUGCAUGGAGUGUUAUGAAGGAUACCACAUUGCACUGAUUGACCAUGUCAUCUCCCUUACCCUGUUCCCCGCGAUAAUCAAGCGCCCGCUCAACAACCUGACGCCAAUGCAGUCAUCCGACUCGCUUAUGCCCGCGCCACAGCGCGGCUUCAUACUUCGCCUAGCCGAGUCCGUGCUGCGCGAAUUCGACUUCCUCCUACACUGGGAUCUCCCCGUGUCGACGAUCAUCGAGUUCAACGAGGUCGGCAAAGCGACGCAUGUCCGCGAUGUCGUAGAUGUGCGCGACGUAAUCGACACCUUUGUACCAUUUGCCAAGCGCUUCAGCUGGAUAUCUCGCCGGUUAACGGGCAUGUUCACGUCCGCUGUCGGCAGCGUGGCGCUCACCCUGUUGCCAGGCCACCAAGUGAUAUUUGGCGACCCGAUCCGCGUCGGCGACGCGAAAGCCAUGAUCCGUGAAGUGGAGGAAGAUGCCGACGGCAGCGGGCACGGGUGUGGCCACAAGCACAAGCACCACCUCGGCUCGGCGAUCGCGCUGAGCACGACAGUCAAGGCGUCCGACGUCAUGUUUCCCGAGCACCCGCGCUUCGGCGCCAACUCGCUCGGGCUGCACGGCGUAAACGACGACGCGCCCGAGACGCUCACGUCGCCGUCGAUGGCGCCGGACGUCGACGGCUCGCGCUCAGACGCGUAGCAGUAGCAUUGCAUCUCUAUUCCCGUUGUACACGUCUACCCAGUUGUCUAUGCAGAUGUUGUGUAUUGA